AUGAGUUUUUAUUUGACAGAACGACUCGAAGAACUAGUCAAGGCACAGGAUAGUGGCCUUAUUACAGAAGAAGAAUGCACACUUGCACGAACUCGCCUGCUCGAGUUCCUUGCCAUAGUCACUCCACAGACAGUGGGUGUUCUUCAUGUCAUCAAGGUUGAUGUUGACUCUGUGUUUGCCUUACUAGUGCCAGCACAAGUUUCUACACUUGAACUGCUGCUUCUAAUUCCGCCACCAAGUGAAUAUGGUAUUGAAAGGAAUCCUUCCACAACUACACAAGUUUCCUGUCCUAAAGCUCUGGACGCAGUAGAACAGUGGACAUCGUUUCUGGAGAAUGUCAGAAGCCAUCAAUUUAGUUAUGACAUAAAAACCUAUGAACGACCUGUGUUUGUUAAGGCACGAAUAACAUGUGAAGCUGAUGUGCAAUCUCUCAUAUACCAUAACAUCCUUUGGCCUUUAAAUGAUAUCCUGAAGGGUUGUAGUGAAGAAUUUAUCAGAGGCCCAGGGAGUGGUUCUAUUACUCUUGGAGAACCUGAUUUUAUUUGCAAAACAGAAAAUGAAUAUCUGUUGUUUCCAGUUGAAGCAAAAACUAAGUGGGUCAUGUCUGCUGCCAAUCCUCUGUAUCAGGCCUAUCCAAUGGCUGUUGAUGAAAUGAGGACCAGGGGACUGAGAACUCACCCAAUACAAGAUUCAGUGGUACAGAUAUUUACUUACAUGAUCUCUAAUGGCAAAAAAUAUGGCAUUCUUUCAACCUAUGAUGAACAUUGGUUCUUCUACUCACCGAAUGGAAAGAUACUACAUAUCAGUGACUCUGUUCCAUUGAGCUCUAGUGAACCAACAGUUCUCCAAUGCUAUGCAUACAUGUGUGAUAUUUCUGCAGACUCUGAUAAUUUCUCUUUCUAUUUAGCAUCUGGUCAAGAAGACACCAGUGGAAUUGAUAAGGAUAAUGCUGCUGACCCAAACUAUGAGCCCAAGGAAAGCAAAGGGCAAAGAAAAAAUAACCUUAAAGACAGAGGGGAAGCAGGUGCCAGUAGAGGCAGACCUGUAACAAGAUCCAUGACAAGGAAUGUUAAUCAGUACACCUGUAAUUAUUUAUCACUGAAGGAUAUACAUAUAAUUCGUGCAUUAGGCUAUGGAGAGUCAGGUAGCACCUUCCUUGUGACUUAUUGUGGAGAGUUGCUUGCACUUAAGGUUUGCGAUUUGUCCAAACACCCUCAGCUCCACUACCAAUUGGAGCAUGAAGUAUUUGUUUACAAAUUUUUGCAAGAUCUACAAGGAAAAUCUAUCCCCAAGCUGGCUUGUUGGGGGAGGCUUGAUGGAAGUUUUAUAUUUGCAUUAGGAAUGAGCAUGUGUGGAAGACCAGUUGAACCACAGAAACUAACCAACUUGCAAAAGAAAAAAGCUUUGGAUGUGUUGAAGUCUGUUCACCAGUAUGGAAUCAUCCAUGGGGACUUGCGAGAAGACAACAUACUUGUGAAUGACAAUGGAAAGGUGAUGUUAAUCGAUUUUGGCAGGGCAGUAUUCACAAGAUCAAAUGAGGAGCAUAACAAAGAAAUCACAGUCCUGAAAGGAAUGUUGCAUGUAUCAGAGGAUAUGGAUGUCAUUCACUCCAAUCAAAGGACUUUUUCCUCUCUAACUCCUUUAUGA